UCCCAGAAGCCUUUGCGGCAGCUCAGCGGUGCUAACGGCUAAGCUCAAAAUGCUACUUCACUAAUCCGUCAGCCCGCAGCGGAGAGCAGCAACACACAGUCGCUGCUGGGCUCCUCCGCUCUCCUGGCACACUGUUGACGGCUGAAGAGGACUCUAAUGUGACGCUGUCUCUGCGCUUGCUUCACAAGGGACGGACGCUGCUCGUCCAGCCAGAGUCCAUAUUUAUUCACAAAGCCUCUGAGAGCGGGAACACAGUUGUGUCAUUCUAACUCCUGGAGCUGCUUUGGGGCUGAAAUUUAAUUUAUAUAUAAAAAUUUAAAAAAAGAAGCUGCCGUGACUCUCAGCGAAGCCGUUUCCUUCUCUUUCAUGUGCGCUACUACUGCUCUGUGGAAACCUAUGGCAGACAAAGCCAUCUGAGCAAAAGAGCAGCGUCUACAACAACAAUCAUGCUGCAGGGACACUAGUCUCCCUAUGUGUGUCCUUACUUUGUAACGCUGCUUUUUUUUUUUUUUUUUUUUUUUUUUUCCCCCCCCUCUCCUCCUUUUACUUCAAUCUCGUCGGUUUGGAUGGUUGAGCACAAGGGCCACUUUGAAGGAGACCACCGGUGGCUGUGGUUUUGGCCGGAGCUGACAGACUUUUUUUUUUUGCCAGGAACUGCAGCUUUAGAAGCUUCUCCUCAGCCUCUGCUGUCGCCUCCUGUCACUGUGAUCCCCGCUAUGGUCAGGGGACGCUGCGGGCGUCGCGGCUUCCUUACCGGCGCAGUUGGUUUCCAUCGCUGCUUUAUGCGCUGAAAUUCCGGUUCUUCUGGACCCUUUUUGCCUUUGCUGCUGAAAACAACACCGUUUUCAGUCAAGGUUAAUUAUUAUUUUUUUUUUGUAUUUAAGUCGCGGGAAAACAAAAGGAAAAAAAGGACUUCUUCAUAGGAGGAUGAAGCUGAGGAAACAAGUGACGGUGUGCGGAGGGGCCAUAUUCUGCGUGGCCGUGUUCUCCCUCUAUCUGAUGUUGGACCGGGUCCAGCAUGACCCCGCAAGGCGUCAGAGUGGAGGGAACUUUCCACGGAGCCAAAUCUCAGUCCUCCAGAAUCGGAUCGAGCAGCUGGAGCAGCUCCUGGAGGAGAACCACCAGAUAAUCAGCCACAUAAAGGACUCUGUGAUGGAGCUCACAGACACAGGCGCUGUGUCUCCCAGCGGCCACCUGCCGUUCAGAAGCGCCAACGGUUCCUGGGUCCUACCGUUCGACGGCCGCCCCGCUUUCCUCGCCGUGAAGCCUCAGGACUGCCAGUUUGCGGUUGGCAGCCGGACUCAAACAGAUGUGCAGAUGCUGGACGUCUACUCCCUCCUCAAGUUCGACAACCCCGACGGAGGCGUGUGGAAGCAGGGCUUUGACAUCACCUACGAACCCGACGAGUGGGACAACGAGCCUCUGCAGGUGUUUGUGGUUCCUCACUCUCACAACGAUCCAGGUUGGGUCAAGACUUUCGACAAGUACUUCACAGACCAGACGCAACAUAUUUUAAACAACAUGGUCGUGAAGCUGGCCGAGGAUCCUCGCCGGAAGUUCAUCUGGUCAGAGAUUUCGUUCUUCUCCAAGUGGUGGGAGACCGCAGACGUCUACAAACAGGAGGCCAUGCGCAAACUGAUCCUCGGAGGACAGCUGGAGAUUGUGACAGGAGGCUGGGUGAUGACGGACGAAGCCAACGCUCACUACUUCGCCAUGAUAGAUCAGCUCAUCGAAGGGCACCAGUGGCUGGAGAUAAAUCUGGGUAUAACCCCUCGAAGCGGAUGGGCGGUGGACCCCUUUGGUCACAGCGCCACCAUGCCCUAUCUGCUGAAGCGGGCCAACCUGACCAGCAUGCUAAUCCAAAGGAUCCACUACUCCAUUAAAAAACACUUUGCAUCCACCAGAAGUCUGGAGUUUAUGUGGAGGCAGGCGUGGGACACCGGCUCCGACACCGACAUGUUUUGCCACAUGAUGCCCUUCUAUAGCUACGAUGUGCCUCACACCUGCGGGCCCGAUCCCAAGAUCUGUUGCCAGUUUGACUUCAAGAGAUUACCCGGAGGACGGAUCAACUGCCCCUGGAAGGUGCCGCCCAAAUCCGUGGCGGACGUCAACGUAGCCGAAAGAGCGCAGCUGCUUCUGGAUCAGUACCGUAAAAAGUCUAAGCUCUACCGCAGCAAAGUGCUUCUGGUUCCUCUAGGAGACGACUUUCGCUACGAUAAGGCCCUGGAGUGGGAUCAGCAGUACAUCAACUACCAGAAGCUCUUUGAUUACAUGAACUCUCACCCUGAGCUGCAUGUUCAGGCUCAGUUUGGGACUCUCUCAGACUACUUUGAUGCCAUCUACAAAGCCUACGGAGUGCCCCAGGGAUCCAGACCGGGGGACUUUCCUGUCCUCAGUGGGGAUUUCUUUGCCUACGCAGACCGCGAGGACCACUACUGGACGGGUUAUUUCACCUCUAGACCCUUUUACAAAAGCUUGGACCGUGUGAUCGAGUCACAUCUCAGAGGGGCAGAGAUUCUUUACAGCCUGGCAGUCGCAAACGCUCGGCACGCUGGUAUGGAGGGCCGUUACCCAGUGACUGAUUACGCCCUGCUGGUCGAUGCAAGACGCUCGGUCGGCCUCUUCCAGCAUCACGAUGCUAUCACUGGCACUGCCAAGGAGAAUGUGGUCAUCGACUACGGUACCAAAUUACUGCGUGCACUCAUCGGCCUGAAGAGAGUUAUUAUCAAUGCUGCUCAUUUCCUGGUGAUGAAGAACAAAGAGUUUUAUCGUUUUUACCAGACGGAGCCUUUUCUGGAGACGGAUGACAGACGUGCCACUCAGGAUUCUCUGCCUCAGCGGACUCUAAUCGAGCUGGACCCAUCAGGGCCACGAUACCUGGUUCUGUUCAACCCCGUGGAGCAGGAGCGUCUCUGUGCCGUCACCGUGUUGGUGAACACGGUGAAGGUUCGGGUCCUUACUGAGGAUGGACAGACGCUGCCCGUGCAGCUGAGCGCUCAGUGGAGCUCUGCUACUCAAAUGAGUGCCGAGGUAUUCGAGGCGACAUUCAUGGUCCGUCUACCACCCCUCGGUCUGGCCGUUUUCCACCUUUACGACUCGGCCGACUCGCCCAUGACGAUUCGCUCGGACACCCUGCUCAGGAUGUCGGGGCGAGGCGCCUCUGCUCGGGCCCUGGACCCGCUUCCUGUCCGCUCUCAGCCGGCCGACUCUCAGACCUUUUACAUCAGCAGUCAGGCUCUGACUCUGGGUUUCUCUGGAACCACUGGCCUGCUGGAGAGUAUCAAGCGUAAAGAUGAUCCUCAGGAGGUUAAAGUUCAAAUGCAGUUUAUGAUCUACGGCACGCGUCCUUCAAAAGACAAAAGCGGAGCUUACCUCUUCCUGCCGGAUGGAAAACCAAAGCCCUACAACCAGAAAGAGCCACCCGCGGUGCGUGUUGUCGAAGGGCCUCUCUUCUCCGAAGUGGUGGCACAGUACCAGCACUUUCAGCAGACUGUCCGCAUACACAACGUGCCAGGGGUGGAUGGAUUAUCUGUAGACAUCACCACAAUGGUGGAUAUCAGGGAUCAGACCAACAAGGAGCUGGCCAUGCGUCUGGUCACCAGCAUCCAGAGCGGAGACGUCUUCUACACCGACCUCAACGGCUUCCAGAUACAGCCCCGCCGAUUCUACCAAAAGCUUCCCCUGCAAGGCAACUUUUAUCCGAUGCCCAGCCAGGCGUACAUCCAGGACAGCCACCACCGCCUCACGCUGCACACGGCUCAGGCUCUGGGCGUCUCCAGCUUGGAGAGCGGUCAGCUGGAAGUGAUUAUGGACCGGCGACUGAUGCAGGAUGAUAAUCGGGGUCUGGGUCAGGGUCUCAAAGACAACAAGAAGACGGCGAAUCGUUUCCGCCUGCUGCUGGAGAGGAGGACCAUGAAUAACAAGCAUGACGGCUUCUUUGCCAAACUCUCGUCCUUGUUGCGCUCUUUCUUCUCCCGCCUCCCGAGCGGCGGAGUUCGUGAGAUGAUGGACAGCCCAACGACCAGCUUCCCGUCUAUGGUCAGCCACGCCACCGGCGCCCUGCUCAACCACGACGUGCUGGCGCUGCCCGUUCUGCCCAAAAGACGCGGCGUGCCUCCCCUUCAGACGUUCGCGCCGCUCAAGUCCGUCCUUCCCUGCGACGUCCACCUGCUCAACCUGCGCAGCAUCCAGAGUCAGAAAGACGCCCAGGCUCCGUCUGCGUACACAGCCUUGCUCCUGCAUCGUCUGGCGAUGGACUGUAGCUUCGAGGGUCAAAACCUUGGCUUCAACUGCACCACACAGGGACAGCUCAGCGUAUCAAAUCUUUUCAAGAACCUGGACCUGCAGCUGCUCCAGCCCAUGUCCCUGACCCUGAUGCAGUCCAGCAUGCCUUUGGCCAACGAUUCCACCAUCAGCCUGGACCCCAUGGAGAUCUCCGCCUUCAAGCUCAAGCUGCGCUAAAAGCCGUCCGGAGUGCAAAACCCACAUCAGACUAGCGAGACCAAGAACCAGGGUCUGGGUUUCCCCCUGGGUUGUUGAGCUAAACUGGGAGAAACAGGGUCCACUGUAAGCGGGCUGACUGAACUGCAGGGGGCAGACAACAGCUGCUGCUGCACAUCUGAGGGUACGCAGCAAAACUUGAGGUGAAAUUUGAAGCCGUUCCAUAUCUGGGCAAAGACUGCGAGCGUUUUUUUUUUUUUCCAUCAGAUAAAGCUGAGUAUCUGCAAUCAGAUAUGAAAUCACUUUCUGUUCUGCUUUUUUUUCCUAUCUUUUCUCCACCUGGACUCAACUACUGAAUGUAAAUAUCCCAAAUGACUGUGGAGGGGGUCGGGACUGGAGCCACGUCAGAGUGCAAUUUUUCAGAGCUUUAUUUGUUGUCUGGGCUUAUGAUUAGAUUUUUUUUUUUUGUCUUCUUCCAAUUGUGCGAUAAAAUUGAUCGUUAACAUAUCAUUUUUUUUUUCUUUUUUUUUUUGUACCAAUCAGUCUAAUGUAGUUAUUCUGCAGCAAACCGAAUGUGUGGUCUCGUUCUAAGGCCCGAGCUCCGUUCUCAUUAAUCAUAAAAGGACGACUCCUCCCCUCCUGUCCUCGGUUUGUGCUUGUAGAUAGUCUGCAGAUUUCACCUCUCCCUCGUCGCUGAUGAGAAAACUGCAGGGUCCCAGCCUGUGUCGAUCAUUCUCGAGCUUUGUAGCAAAUCAUAUGCAGUAGAUUAGGCAAAAGGACUAUACCUCAUGUUUACCAAACGGCAGAUAUAUUGGUAUGUAUGUCUGAGGGGCGCGUUGAUGGGGGGGCAAAACGCCAGGGUGAUGAUUUUUUUUUGUGGUGGGAGUACACUCUAUCAGGGACCAGUCAGUACUUUAGGGGUGUCAUUAAUUAUCAUUAUCAGUAUGCAUCUGCAGUGCAUCCCUUUCCUGAAAAGAAAGAGCUAGGCUUUGAAAAAGAUGAAAACAGAGAAUACCUGUAUCUAGCGGUCAAGGAUGCUCUUUCUUUUCCUGCGUUUGGAUCAAAUGGAGGAAGUAAGGAAAUUAGAGCAAGCCUUCACUCUGCGGGGGCUUUGGUUGUCUGUGAUCUUUGUUUUGGAGGAAUAUCAUUAGCAAGAUGUUUUUUGAAGUGAAAUCACUUUUUGUUACUGAGGCAUUAGAAUAAAUCGAAAUCUAAUCUUACCAUAAGCGUGUAAACCUUCUGCCUGAUACGUCAAAGAUCAUAUGCACCAAAUGUGACCAUAAAACAGUUUCUACAUUUCUCUAUAUGUAAUGUUCUCGUUUCAUUAUUUCAUUGUUUUUGUUCUUUCUAUAAACCGAUCGGGUUUCUUGUCUCAGAAGAUCACGUUGUGUGAAUAUGUCAUAAAGAUAUUGAGCACAGUAAAA